GUUUGUCAGAGAAUGUGCAGGAGGAAGGCUGUCUCGUCGUCAGGACGUUGAGCCAACGGGAUCCGAUAUCGCCUUCAUCUCAGGAGGGUUGAGCUUGUGGACACAGAGGGCCUUCUAUCCCACAGAGCCCUGGAAGAGAGUCUUGUUCAGCUCUGUCUUCAUCCCCAGCUCCAACUAUGUACUCUGCAGGCUUGGAGAUCCUCGGGAUGAUCCUGGCCGUGGCCGGCUGGCUGGGGGUGAUGGUGUCCUGCGGCUUGCCCAUGUGGCGGGUGGCUGCCUACAUCGGUCAGAACAUUGUCAUCUCCCAGGUGAUCUGGGAAGGCUUGUGGAUGAACUGUUCCGUGCAGAGCACCGGUCAGAUGCACUGCAGGGUGCACGACUCCAUGCUGGGGUUGCCAGUGGACUUGCAAGCAGCUCGUGCCUUGGUCAUUGUCUCUAUGGUGCUGUGCAUCGUGGGAAUUGGUCUGUCAGUGGCUGGUGCCAAGUGCACCAACUGUAGCCGGGAUGUGAGCAGUAAACCGCGUCUUGUGGUGUCUGCUGGAGUAACCUUCGUGGUAGCUGGACUGCUGCUGCUGGUGGCUGUGUCCUGGACAGCACACGCCAUCGUCAUGGGCUUCUAUGACCCGCUGCUGGAGGAGACAGGGAAGAGGGAGUUUGGUAAUGCUCUGUACUUUGGCUGGGCUUCCUCCUGCCUCCUCAUCCUAGGGGGAGCCCUGCUCUGUUGCUCCUGCCCAUCCACAGCAGCUACAGCACCGAGUGGUGGUAGCUCCAUGGCUCCCCGGGUGGACUACUCGGCUGUCAAGGUUAUGUCAGUCAAUGGCUACCCCAGAAGAGACUAUGUAUGAACAUGUGAC